AAUGACAUCCGUUCCUUUAGUAUCAGUUUUUUCAGCCGAUGACUCAUCUAAGGUCACAGCCAAACACAUCCCACUCCCAGCUGUGUUCUAAACACCAAUUAGACCAGAUAUUGUCUCAUUUGUUCAUACUAACAUUGCUAAGAACAGAAGACAAGGUAUUUGAAUUAUGAUAAUCUUCUAUUAUAGCUCAUGCUGUCAACCCAUAAGCUGGUAUGUAACACAGUGCUGAAUCCUGGGGUACUGGUAGAGCCGUAGCUCGUAUUCCAAGAGUAUCUGGAUCAGGAACACAUAGAUCAGGUCAAGCUGCCUUUGGUAACUAAUGUAGAAAGGGAAGAAUGAGUUUACCAAUCAAAGUAUGGAGAAGAUGGCAUAGAAGAGUCAAUAUCAAAUAAAAGAGACAUGCAGCUGCUACAGCUGUUGCCGCCACAGGAAUUGUUCCAUUAGUUUUGGCUAGAGGACAUAGAAUCAGUUAAGUCCCUUAAAUUCCACUUGUUGUUGAAGACAAGAUUGAAUCAUAUGAAAAGACUACUGAUGCUCUCAAUUUCUUGAAGAGAUUCGGUGCUUUUGAAGAUGUUUAAAAAGUUGUUUCCACUAAAGUUGUCAGAGCUGGAAUCAGCAAAUAAAGAGGAAAGAAAUACAGAGUUAGAAAGGGACCAUUGGUUGUUUAUUUCAAUGAGAAUGCCAAAUUAUUGAAAGCUUUCAGAAGUAAUCAUAUAUAUUAAUAAAUCAAUUAGAUGUUCCAGGAGUUGAAGUAGUUAAUGUCACAAGAUUAAAUCUCCUCUAACUUGCCCCAGGAGGUUAAUUAGGAAGAUUCGUCAUUUGGACUUAAAGCGCCUUUGCUCACCUCGAUAAAUUGUUUGGAACAUACAGAUAUACAUCAAUUAUCAAGGACGGAUAUCAAUUGUUGAGACCACUCAUCACCAAUCCAGAUUUGGCUAGAAUCAUCAAUUCUAACUAAGUCUAAGAAAAGGUCUAACCAGCCAAGACAACCAAAGUUCUUCAUGAAGUCUAAAAGAAAAACCCAUUGAAAAACACCAAAGCUAUGGACAGAUUGAACCCAUAUGCUAAAAAAUAAAGAGCUGCUGCCGUUGCUGCAAUCAAAGCCAAUACCAAGGGAACCAAGAAGAUCAAGAAGGUAUUCAUUAAUUUUUAUAUCUUUUAUAGAAUAAGGCACUCAAGAAGGCUUCAAGAGCUGCAUACAACAAAGUUGCUGCUUCCUUAAACGAUGCUACUAAAGCUGCUGUCUAAGAGGAAUAAGAUAUUAAAGUUAAAUAUUUCUCAGUUCAAAAGGGAGCUGCUUAAACAGAAUGAU